AUGGAGAAGUUCUCACAGUUUCGCGAUAGAGGCUCCGGCAUCUCCCCCUUCCUACCGGUGACGACACCCUCCUCGAUCCCGGCCACCAUCUUCCACGCGAUCCUCUUCCUCACCCGCCUCCCCUUCUUCCUCACCUACGCAACGGCGUAUUUCCUCGUCCUACACCACCUCCCCCUGCUCCCCACAUUCGCGCGCAAGCUCCUCCUCUGGUCACUCCUCGCGAUCCCGGGGGUGUGGUGGGUAGACCUCCAACUCGACGGCGUCAAGCGCGGCUCGCUCAGCCAACAACCACGCUCCCGCGUCCCCCACGCGCGCUCCAUCAUCGCCGCCAAUUGCACCUCCCCAAUCGACGCCCUCUACCUCGCCGCCGUCUUCGACCCCAUCUUCGUCGCCUCGCACCCGGCCUCCCGCAAAGUCCGCCCCAUCUCCCUUCUCACCGCCAUCGCCUCCGCCCUCUCCCCCAGCGCGCAACUCCUCACCCUCGAGGAGUGGGAAAACCAACACCCCCCUUCCUCGCUAACCACCCUCCGCGCCCUCACCACCCGCUUCCCGGACCGCGUCAUCGCGGUCUUCCCCGAAUGCGGCACGACCAACGGCAAGGGCAUCCUGCCGCUGGGACCCAGCCUGCUGACCGCGCCGGCCGAGAGCGCCAUCUUCCCGCUGAGCCUGCGGUACGCCCCGCCCGACGUCACCACCCCCGUGCUCGGCUGGGCCGGGUGGGCCGGUUUCGUGUGGAAGCUGCUCGGUCGGCCGACGCAUUGUGUGCGCGUGCGCAUUGCGCAGGCGGUGCAUAAUACGGCGGCGGCGCCGAAUGGGGCGCCGGAGAGGGCGGCGGGGGCUGCGGUUGGGGGUGCGGGUGGUGGUGGUGGUGGUUGGGAGGGGCGCGCGGAGGACCAGCCGACGGCGGAGGAGCAGCAGUUGCUGGAUGGGGUUGGGGAGGCGUUGGCGCGGUUGGGGAGGGUGAAGAGGGUUGGGUUGACGUUGAAGGAUAAGAAGAGGUUUUUGACGUCUUGGGCGAAGAGGUGA